ACAGUUAAAUGGACUUCUGGUUUCUAGGGUCAACCACCACUUCCAAAUCCAUCCACAAUCUUGCUGCUGCUGCUCCAGCCUCCGGUAAGUGCUUAAUUCCAGAUUUUAUGUCCUAAGUAAGAAAAUGAGUUUUUGUAUGGAAGUGUUUUAGCUUUUUAAAGUGUGCAUCUUUCUUUACUAAAAAAAGUUGUUUCCAAACUAGGGUGUCUCUAAAUUAGGGCAUUUUUGGAGAGACCCCUUUUUCAUUGAUAAGAGUAUAAGAAAAAAGAGAGGUCUGGGUCUUGAAGAAUGUACAUGUGAAACUGAGAUAAGAAAUUAUUGAACUUUUGGGGUUCUUAGUAAUUUAAAGAAAAAAUGGCAAAAGCUAAAUUGGAAGCAGCUGUUAGGAGAUCAGUUGCACUAAUCCUGAUGAGGAACAGUGAUUAUGUGGGUGCCAAGAACAAGUUACUGGAAGCAAGGAAUAUUUUUCAAGAAGUUGAGUUCAUUGAUGAGCUGAUAACAAUAUGUGACAUUAUGUGUAUAGCUGAGUUACCUGUGAGUGAAAUCGAUUGGUAUUCGGUUCUCCAGACUGAUAAAGGAGCUGAUGAGUCUGUCAUAGAGACUAACUAUGAAAACCUGAUAGGAACCUUGGAACCUAUGAAGAGCAAGUUUCCGGGAAUCAAAUCAGCUUUGGGGCUUAUUGAUAAAGCCUAUAAUGUGCUUUCAGGUGGAGAAAACUGUCACAAGCUUGAUUCGAAUAAUUUGAGGCCUUGCAGUUCUGUUAAACAGAUGGAGAAGGUUGCGAAUAAUGGAAGGGAAACUAGUGACGGAAAUUCUUCUGGAUCGAAGAGAAUUGCCAGUGAGGGUUCAGAUAAAAGCGACGUAAUUUGCAUCUCCGGAGAGCAGCCUUCAAAGAGGAUCAAAAGUUUGGAUGAGGAUGAUUGCGUGAUUAUAGCUGAGACCCAAAUACUUGAUACACCCAGAGGAAAAGUUUGUACAUUAAAUAAAGUGGGAACAUCGUUGAGAAGUUCAUCUGGGAACUCAUCCCCAUUACUGAAAUCCAUGGAUCACCACCAACCAUGGCUCAACAACGGAAAGGCUGACAAUUUUGAAUUUGGUCAGAUUUGGGCUGCUUAUGAUAAAGAAAAAAUGCCACGAAAGUAUGCGAGAAUCAACAGGAUAGAAAGUUCUUAUAAAGAGGAAACAAAUAGCACAGAAAACACAUUAUAUGUUAGGUGGCUGAGGCCUGCUCCCAUCAAUGCAGAUGAGAAAAAAUGGCAUCAAGCGGGGCUGCCUGUUUCUUGUGGUUAUUUUCAGCUUGACAGUGUUAAGAUAGUUAAAUGUAAUUUGGUAGUUUUCUCACAUUUGGUCAAUUCGUUUCAAGAAUAUCCUUACUCAAAUGAACUGGUUGAACUUUAUCCACGAGAAGGGGACGUAUGGGCACUUUAUAAAGAUUGGAACCCAUUUGAUUGGUGCUCUAAUCCUAAAACGAGAAAAGGAUGCAAAUUUCAGAUUGUAGAAGUUCUCAGUGGUUCCUCAAAAGAAAGUGGUAUUGAGGUUGCAUCUCUAGUAAGGGUGGCAGGGUAUAGAAACGUUUUUCGAAGACUCAAAAUUGAUGGGGCUGACCUCUCUGGUCUAAUUUCUCCUCGUAAUUUGUUCGUUUUUUCUCAUAAAAUCCCGGCAUAUAGAUUCCGAGGUGACGGGAGGGGCAUAUUAUCAGGUAUACUACUCAAACUCAACCCAUUUGCAAUACCUGAGGACCUAGCUGUGGAUACAGUUGCAGAAGAGCUACCUUCAGAAGGGAGCUUCAGUAAUGGUUCCAGCAUCAAGCACCCAAUACUGAAAUCACUUCAAACGACAUUGGGUGAAACUCAAUGUUCUAGAUCUGGACCAUCUGGUGCUCUCUCCUCUGGAGGUCAAAAUGCCGAAGGAUUCAUUAGCAGCUCACAGCAAAGACUUGUUUCACUGAGGCCAUGUGAAGAAACAAAGAGUCGGGUUGAUGGACUAUCGAAGGAUGAAUAUACAUCAAAUAAUCUGGAAAUGGAUGGGUCAGCAAAAGAGAUGGUAGACAACCAAACUGCUGAGAUUGACAAAGAGGAAGCGGCAGAAGAGACUGAUUCUGAGGGUGAGGGUGAGGGUGAGGGUGACACUUUAGGUGGAUUUUUGGUUAAGAGGUCGGGAUUUUCUGACUCUGAAAAUAGUUCAAGUGACUCGGAUGAUGCAGUUAAUGAGUUGGAUACUGGUCAUGUUAUGGCAAUGAUAAGAAGGAACAGAAAUACUGAAUUGAAAUGGCAAACUGAAGAUGAGAUGCUAUCUUCAUUUGAAAAGGAUCCCAUCCUUUGUAUGGAAGCUGUUUGUGCUCUGCAUAGACAUCAAACAGCCGAUGGAUCAAUUAAAUUUGGCUGCUUUAGCAAGUUUGUUGCACUCAGGGGAAAUGAAAUAGCUGAGUUUCUAACGGAUAAUAACCCCAAAGGUGACUUGAAGAAGUCUGCAGAAGAGCUGGAAAUUUUUAUUCCUGAAGGACUUGAAGACUGUAAAAGCAUAUACAUGGCGCAUAUAUAUACAUUUCAUACAUCGAGAACGCUGAAUAGGUAGAAUUAUUGCAAGUCCAGUGAGUAUGCUCAAAUGAGCACCUGUAUAGGCAAACUCAGUUUUGGGCAGUGGGGAAAACCCUUGUCGUACCAAAAGAAGCCGACCGUAUCAGUUAGAGACGGUCUUCUCAAUCUGAGAUGAGGCGCGUCUUGUUAUGAACCGAGGCUCGUCUCGAAUUGAGACGACUGGCUUAAUCCGAUACGAAUUGAGACGACUGGCUUAAUCCGAUACGAUAAUGGUCCGUUAUCGGAUUCCAACGGCUAAAAUUUCCCUCUAUAAAUAACACAUUUAUUUUAUUUUUAUUUUUCUCUAAUUAUUGUACUGAACAUUAAAUUUUUAAAUAAA